GAAGUCUCGUGUAUUUUUUAGGUGUUUGUAUAUUUUUUCAAUAAUAAGAAAGUACUGUUACGUAAUAAAAAUAAUACUUUUGAAACAUAUUCAGGUGAGACAAUGGAAUCUGAAAUCAUGUCAUUUUUCUUUCAAGAAAUGCAUCCUAAUAUUAACCUGAACUCGAAUCUCUGCAAUGAAUUUCUUGAUUUAAUAGACCAAUUAAAUGUUAAUUUGGAAAAACUACAAUUACCAAAUAGUGUUCAAUGCAUAUAUAAUCCCACAAUUUAUGCCCGAAAUACAUUUGAACAGUACGUCCGAAAGUAUUGUAAUACAAAAAAAAAAGUAAUGUUCUUCGGCAUGAAUCCUGGACCUUGGGGAAUGUCUCAAACAGGAGUCCCAUUUGGAGAAGUUGCAUCUGUAAGAGACUGGCUGCAUAUAAUAGGACCAGUUGGAAAACCUCCCACGGAACUUAGUAACCGACAAGUCAAUGGUUUUAAUUGCAAAAGACCAGAAAUUAGUGGUAAAAGGUUUUGGGGUCUCUUUAAGAAAAUUUGUAGGAACCCAGAAAACUUUUUCCAUAGUAGUUUCGUAUACAAUUAUUUGCCACAGCAAUGGAUGAAAAACAGUGGCGCUAAUGUCACUCCAGGAGAAUUUAGUGCAUCGGAUAUGAGACCGUUGUAUGCUAUAUGUGAUCCAAUUUUUGUAAAAGUUCUAGAAAUUUAUGAAGUGGAAACCAUCAUAGCCGUUGGAAAGUUUUGUGAAAAAAGAGCACAGAAAGCAAUAAAACAAUAUUUACCAAACGCUACUAUUCAGAUAUUCUACUUACCACACCCAAGUCCAAGAUCUGUAAACAACACGAACUGGGAAGAAAAGGCUGAGAACUGUUUAAAGAAUUUCAAUAUUAUUCAAUAUUACAUAUAAACUGAUAUUUUUCAUCAGGUUGCUCAAUUUAUUGAUAAUUUUAAGAGGACAUAAAAAAUAUGGUUGAUUUUAUGAGAAGAGCCCUUGAACUAGCGAUGGAGGCCA